GCGCGACGCAACACGAGAUUUUGCGAAAGAAAUGUGCAGAGGGUAAAGAUGCGAGGAGCUCAAUGUCACCGAGUUUGAUCAUCAUUUACAGACACAAAAGGAGGUUUUACCCGCCGGAAAUAGUUAGAUCUGUGAAUAAACGUCAACCUAUAGUCUGAGGGAAUUCUUUCAGAGGUGUCCAAAUCUCCACCCUCUUUUCCCUCUGUAGUAGCUUAAUGCCUUGUAGUUCAUCAUGGCCACCCAGGUUUGUAAAGUGAUGGAGCUGAUGCUGCGCUCUCCUUACUGCCACAUUGCCAGAAGUAGACACUGCUUACCAAAGGCAGUGUUGGCCCCUGUGGGGUGUGAUCGUGGGAUUCCUGUGCUUCACAGAAGGUCUUUCAGCCUGGACUCUAUGGGUCUAGGUCGGCCCUCGCUUGGUCCAAGUUCCCAGCUGCCUUGUUUAGAGAAAACGUCAGCGCUAACACAAAGAAACUUAUCUGCAGCAGCUGUACAGGGCCAGUUUCGUCCUUUGAGCAGUUUUGACUAUCUGGAUCUCGGGACGUUAGAGGAGAAUAUACGUCAGGCUCAGGCUUUUAAAAAUAAAAGACAAUUCAUCGUGGACCCACAUCUGGCUAAUGUGGUAGCACAGCAUUUAGGACCUGAUCUACGGGAUAGUAAAGCUGUUAUCUUGGAAUGUAACCCAGGUCCGGGAGUGUUGACAAAAGCAUUAUUAAACGCUGGUGCUCAAAGAGUUGUAGCUCUUGAGGGUAGCGAAGUCUUCUUAAAUAAUUUGCAGGAGCUGGAGGCACAGCUUGAUGGUCAGCUGAAAGUGGUUCACUGUAACUACUUUAACCUCGACCCCAUCGGUUCUGGCAAGUUGGGCCCUGGAACUAUGUUCUCUGACAAACUGUUCACUGACCUGGGAAUAUCAGAGGCUGCUUGGAAUGAUGAUGUCCCAGUGAAGGUGGUGGGAAUCCUGCCCCGUAGUAACAUGCGUGGCUUUCUGUUGAAGACGGUUUAUGCUUUGUUCGAGCGACUUUCCAUUUACAGAUACGGAAGAAUAGAGCUCAACCUCUUUAUUUGCGAGACGGAGUACAUGAAAAUGAUGAGUCGUCCUGGUGACAAGCUGACCUACAAGGCCUUUGGUGUCCUCUGGCAGAUGGCUUGUGAUAUUGAACUCCUGCAUACGGAACCCUGGGAAUCAUUUGUGGUGUCUUCAACAUCAAAUAGCCCUAGCUUUAAGAGAAAGCUUUUAGGCAAGCGCUUGUGCCUGGUGCGGCUGCGUCCUCGUGCAGACCUCUUCUCUGCAGGCCUAAAUCCCUCCAGUGCUUCAACCCUACUGGUGAUGGUGAAACAGUGCAUGGUGAAGAGGAAGGCCAAGCUCAUUGACAUGCUCAAUGUCUGGUCUCCUGAUAGUGGGAGUAAGCUGUUAUCAGAGUUAAACCUGCCAGAGGACAUCUGUACAGGCAACGUAUUCCCAAAGGACUAUCUUCGACUGUUCCAGCUGAUGGAGAAGAGUCAGGAGUUCAGACAUAGCUGGCUUUAUGGUGAAGCCUUGGAGAACUCACAAAGGCAGGGCUGGUUGUGAAAUACAAACAGGUCAUAGACUUAAUGAGAGGAAUCACAUGAUGUGUAAAACAUUUAUAAAAUAAAUGAAUUUAAAUGUUAUGUAAUAAAGUGAGCAUAAAGAUGCAUACAAAAAUGUUUAACUAAAAUAAUUUAUGAACCUAUUACGGUAUACAUGGUUUUGUUACUGGAAUGGUUUAAACCAAGGACGUUUUUUUAGUCCGGGACUCCCAAACUGAUGGAGAGACAAAUCAAGGCCCCCUACACAUCUACACAGUGUGUGUGUAAUGUCAGUGUAUACACGUCACUGACAGAAACACAUGACCAUUGAUUUGUAUUACUGGAUUGGACUUGGCUCGCUGGUUGCUAGCUACAACGAUGUUUGUACCCAGGAGCUACGUUAUACACUGAAGAACAUCAGCUAGUUGUCUGUGAGGCUUUGUCCUGAAGAGACACACUUGUUGUUGUAUUCUUAUUUUUUUUGCUCGGUUUUAAUAAAUGAUGGUUUCAAAAAAAGCUGAGGAAAUUACAAAUGUUCUGGUUAGCAGAAAGUGAGGUUAAAUAAAUUACUGAUGUAAAAAAAAA